UCUCUUUUCCCAAAUCCAAUCAAUACAAUAUAUCUCUGUCUCAUUAGAGGAAUUCUUAUUUUUAUUUUUUUAAAAAAAAAUCUCAGAGAAUUUUGUACAGAUUCAUUGCUUUUGCAUAGUUUGGAACAUUCUGCAAAGGAAAAGCUUGAGCUUUGAGAAAUGGCUUCCUCAGGGAUGAGCGAAGAGCUUACAGAAAUCGAGGGACAAAUUUCGGAUGUUUUUCGAGCUCUCGCAAAUGGGUUUCAGAAAUUGGAGAAGAUUAAGGAUGCCAGUAGGCAGAGCAGACAGUUGGAGGAUCUUACCGACAAGAUGCGAGAUUGUAAAAGGCUUAUUAAAGAGUUCGAUACUGAAAUAAAGGAGUUAAAGUUUCGAAAUAAUGCUGACACAAACAAGAUGCUGAAUGAGAAAAAGCAAUCUAUGAUCAAAGAGUUGAACUCAUAUGUUGCUAUGAAAAAGAAAUAUGCAACCAAUCUUGAAAAUAAGCGAGUAGAUAUGUUUGAAGACCCUUCAGAAACUUCUGCCGAAGACAAUGUCUUGUUAGCUUCAAAUAUGACUAAUCAACAGCUAAUAGAUCAUGGGAAUCGAAUGAUGGAUGACACAGAUCAGGCCAUUGAUAGGGCAAAAAAGGUGGUCCAGGAGACUAUUGAUGUUGGAACAGAAACUGCAGCGACUCUCAAGGAUCAGACUGAACAAAUGAGUAGGAUUGUUAAUGAGCUGGACUCAAUCCACUUUUCUAUGAAGAAGGCUAACAAGGUUGUGAGAGAACUUGGUAGACAGAUUGCGAGUGACAAUUGUUUCAAGGCAAUGCUCUUCAUUAUUGUGGUCGGCAUCAUCUCUAUCGUCGUUAUCAAGAUUGUCAAACCCCAAAACAAAGAGAUCAGUGACAUCCCGGGAUUAGCACCACCAGUUCCCAAUCGACGAUUACUCUGGAGCCCUAAAUGAUGCUCGCAGCAACUUGAUUGUUACAAACACAGUUAUUUUGAGUUAUCGCUCAUUUGGUAAGUUUUUACUUAGCUUGUGACAUUGUUGGAUGCACCUACCUGUUCGGGCUCGCUCUCGUCAAACAUGACGAAUAUGAGAAGCAAGAAUCAACCAGA